GACAGGGAGGCCUGGCGUGCUACAGUCCAUGGGGUCGCAGAGUCGGACAUGACUGAGUGACUGAACUGAACCGAACUGAACUGAAACAGCCAUAGUGGCCUGCCUCAGGGAGAUCACCCGACACCGCUCACCUGUGAUGGACUGUGACUCUGGGUGUGGCAAGGGCACAGGCGCCCUACUUGGCUACUUACCAGGCGGCCCAGAAAUUCACAUUUGGGAAGGGCAGAAUCACAGAUAGGCGUGACAUCUUUGUUUGCUGACAUGACAUGAGAUAUUCCAUUUCACACACCCAUGAAAUGAUUGUAAGGAAGUUCAAUUAACAUAUGCCCCUACCUGAGGCUUACUAAACAUUCUGGGAGAUAUUUACAGGAAUUAAAAGGUCCUUUUCUUUGUUUCUUCACCUCCCCCCAAUCUCUCAUUCAUAAAAGAAUCUGACAUUCAGGUCCGGACAAAAUGGUUAUUUUGAGGCAUUAGCCUUCCAUCUUCUCAGUCAGCCAGACCGGAAUAAAGUCCCGUCCAGAUCCCCACACCUCGUCUUGGAUUCAUUGAUUUACGUUGCAGCAAGCAGAACAACUUGGACUCUGUAACAAACUCAGCAAAUUUUUGGUACUUAAUGUUUAGUAAUUUUAUCAAUUAUGGAGAGUAAAUAAAACCAACUUUGACAAAUUAAAAGUUCUGCCGCACAGAAUAAGGUAGGUCCACACAUGUAAAGCUCAGGUAUUUUUCGCAUCUGAUGGGCUCUUUCAAGAGGAAUAUGAAGAGGCAGGCAAAAGAAAAUUUAAAAAGGAAAUCUAAAAAAGUUUCCUUAAAAGUUGAUCUUAGCAUCAGGAAGAAAGGUCCAAUAUCUAUUAAUAUAUCAUUAGUUCAAAGUUACUGAGAUGAUAAGCAUUCCGUUGAAUUAGAACAUCUACUUUUUUAAUGAAUACAUUUUCCUUUAACUGUAAGGAUACAGAAGAGUGGAAACUCAUGACAGCUUUCCAGGCUCUUGAAGUGACAGGGAAGCCCCAAAUCAGGUAGUACACAGAUCUGGGAAAAUUUAGGAUAUGAAAAUUUGGGGAUUUAAUAUAUAAGAGGCGAUCCUUCAAUGAAAUGGAGGUGAAACCAAGUUUGCAGUCGCUCAUCUCAACUGGAACGCUUCCUUGUGGAACUGACCAAUGGUUCUUCAUCUCCUCAAUGAUGACACUGACGAUACUCAUCUCUAACCACAUCUCCGCCUCUGAGUCCAUGACCUGCCUCAGAGCCUUACUUAGAAAAGCAGGAGACCUUCAACAUGUAGAUCAAAUAAGGGCAAUCUCUCUCUUUCCUGCCUGGGGUACAGGAUAGACUUCAGCUUCCCUCAGGAGCAGGAGAGUGGUGGCCAGCUCCAGGAGGCCCAGGCCUUCUCUGUGCUCCACGAGAUGCUCCAGCAGAGUUUCAACCUCUUCCACACAGAGCGCUCCUCUGCUGCCUGGGACACCACCCUCCUGGAGCAGCUCCUCACUGGACUCCUUCAGCAGCUGGAUGACCUGGGCGCCUGCCUGGGGCAGGUGAUGGGAGAGGAAGACUCUGCUCUGGGAAGGACGGGCCCCACACUGGCCGUGAAGAGGUACUUCCAGGGCAUCCAUGUCUACCUGCAAGAGAAGGAAUACAGCGACUCCACCUGGGAAAUCGUCAGAGUGGAAAUCACGAGCCAAUUUCUCUGUGUUAACAAGUUCCUAAGAAAACUCAGGAAGUAAGAAGGAAGCUGAUUCUCAGUGACUCGUGUUCUCGCUCAGAUUCUUCAUUGUUCAGUCAUUUCCAGAACUGUGAUUUCUGCCUUUGCUAUGAAUUAGUUUGAGUGACAUUUGGUAUCAGCACUAAUAUUGGGAAUAUUGAUAUCCAAUUGCUUUUAGAAUUAGAGGAACUAUAUCUGAUACCCUGUGGCUGAAUCUUAUGCAAUAACAUGUUUUUGUGUGAAUGUAAUUCAUUUAUUUAUAGUAAUUAAUUUUUAUGGUACUUGUAGUUAUAUGUUCUAUUUAUAAUGUAAGAAUAUAUAAUUUUCUUUAAUAAAAAUCUACCUUUUUUGACUCAUGAAAUUUAUUUGAAGACAUGU